GGGAGAAAUUUGCUGAACUCACAAUCCAGAACCAUAGACAUGAAUAUUCACUUCUUAGCUUGACUUGUGAAAGAGCCUGCUCGAGCUGGACCCGAGAAAAAGAAAAGAGACUUGGAUCGCAUGGUACAACUAGGCGCCAAGCCCAAUACUGUUCAGCGUGUCGGUUACACAGCAUAUGUGAUGUUCGGAGGAAAUGAGACAUGUCGUAUCUGUGUGUGGUGAAGCUGGCACUUGCUCAUUAACCUCACCAAUCACAGUAACUGGCUGAGACUCGCCAUUGCAUUUGUUUUCGCCCUUCUCAUUGUACGGUGACAAGAGCCUUGUUUCCUGAAUUACAAAUACCCAGUGGGGAAUCUACAAGAAGAAAAGAAAAGUCAGAGUAGGUCAGAGGACUGUGAGCAAUACACUGAAACUUUACUCCCCUGAUCCCCAGCUUAUCUAUCCAGCAUGCGGCUACACGACUCACAGCUUGGAGACGCAUACCAAGAUAAGAAGAAGGAACAUAUUAGACGUCGCCUUGGGGAUCAGGGUUGGAAAGGGUAAGUAUCACUUCAUGAUAAAAACUAAGCAGCACUGAAAAUUACAGGCCUACGGAGCAAGGGCCCUAUUUGAAGUAUGUCAAGAGUCUAUCAAAGAGAUGGCCGCAGCUAGAGCUUCUAAACGAUUUCAUGGAAGUUGGGACUGUGCCUACACGCUGGUGCAUCUUCCCUGGAGAGGAAAAGGACGAGAACGAGAAGCCGCGAUAUACAUAUCCUGAGACUCGAAAAGAAGCUGAACAACGUCGCCGGGCAACAAGAAUGAAUGUUGCUUUGCUUAAAUUCCAGGAAGCAGGAAAUCUAGUCCUUGACCAGUACCGUUUGGAAGAUAACUCUACGGACGGUGAUAUUCAGACUGCCCACAAACAGUUACGAAAAGCUAUUUACGAUGCCAAGGAAGACCAAUCAGUACACAACUGCAGUUUGUUUGUUGUGGAGGACCUUUCACGCGAUGUGAUUGAGAUCUUGGGCUCAGGGUUGUCCAUCGAUCCACGGUUCUUCCGCGCUCACAUCACAGACUAUGUCUGGAACAAUAUUCGCGAUCGAUGGCGUGAGCCGUCAAUACUUCAGAUUGAUGCCAAACGGCAGAGCUGGUUCCAGCUUCGCUUGAUCCGCUCUCGCUAUUUUGAGAAUCAAAGCCAGCUAACGGAGGCCAAAAACCAAGUCAAUAAUUUUAAUGUUAUGCGACGCUUGGAUGCAGACAGGAACCAAAUCUUCUGGGAUAAGGAUCCAGAUCCUACUAUAUGGGAAAGACUUAAAGCUGAAGCCAUUCGAAAUCAGAGUGAAGUGGAUGAAAAACAGGAUACAAGAGUGGAUGCAAAAGUUGGACAUAUGCGCAGUCGUUCUACGUUCUGGUUGAACGAAAAGUCAACUAUCGGUGUCCUUCUGCUUGAACCAACUCCAGAAGCUGGGUAUCCUCUUUGGCGUGGAUAUCCUAACUGGGGCGAAAUACCGAAAUUUGGAGUCAACGAGGACUCAUUUGAUGACCUCCAGAUUCCGUCAUCUUCGAGAUCCAACACUACAGGAAAGUCAAUGAGCUGGUUUGAAGACUACAUCUUAUGGGCCAAGAAGACCGCCAACUUCGCAAAGCCCUUGGAUGAUGCUAAUGAACAACUUGCCAUUCCGAUUCAGUGCUUGCUGCACUUGGUGUGUGGCGAGUGGCUCACGUUCUCUGACUAUCUUAACGCCCGGCUCAACCAGAUCGACUGGGGAAUUGCGAACCCUUCAUUCUUCCCUGAUUCCGGAGGCACUGAUCAUCAAAAACAGAGUCUGAGGAAGCUUCACCUCUGGCGGCGAUGGGUACCCCAAUCACGAGAUAUGCUUCAAGCAACUAUGAGCCAAGUCAUUGAUGACAAAGGGAGCAAAGUUGCCAAAUACUUUGAGCUCUACAAAGCUGAUUUGGAGAUUAUUAAGAAACGCUUAGAGGACUACGAAACACGGAUCGACCGUCUCAGCACGGUUGUCAAUUCGACGAUCAGCCUUACUGAUGCCAGCAACACAUCAAGGCUCACCAUACUGGCAUCGUUCUUCAUCCCACCGAGCCUGGUGGCCACAUUGUUGUCCAUGAACAUGGAUCCACUCAUUGGACUUGGUAAUGCGCUGAAAUGGUGGGCGGUGGCGUCUGUCGUGGCUGUCACGAUUCUUUUCGCUAUAGGUUAUCUGUUGAAGACCAGGAAGGCGGAAAGUUUGAAAAAGAACUUGUCAAUCACGAAACUUGUUUCGUGGUUGGAAGGACGAUGGAGGAGUAAGUCAGGGAAUAGAACGGAAGACACAGUAUGAGCACCGAGUGGUUGACUCUGUUAAUACAAAGCAUACACAACGAUAUUUCCCUUAGAUUGGCUACAUCUUUUCGUCAUAGCUAGCAGACACUAAGGAAAGUUAUGAUGGAC